CAGUUUCACAAUAGACGUUUAUACACCAUUCGAUAGAGAAUUUCAAGAGCUACAUUUUGCACUAUUUGUAUUUCAAGAUAGAUAAAAUCGACUUUUUGGCCCAAUGUUCGCUUAGUUGCCCACUGUGUGCUAUCAUCUAGAUAUUUAGUGGAAUAAUUCAAAAAAUUUGAAAAACUACUAUAUCGACGACGUUGUGUUAUGGUAAAACUUAUUCAACGUUUGUUAUUUAGCUAUUGGCUGGAUUAUAUUUGCUAUUUGCAUUAUUCCCAUACCAAUUGUUUUUAUUGUAAAUUAUAUUAAAGAAUAUAGAAAAUUAACAAGAGAAACAAUUUCUGCACCAAUCAAUCAUAGAACGCAUAAUCAUCUAGUAACUGGUCAAAAUUACGUAGAGAGACCACGCUAUUUAGAAGCAUUUACGCGAAAUAAUGAACCGGCUGACGAUUGGGGACCGAAAAGAGAUGCUGAUCAUAUCGGUCCUUAUGCACAUUUAAGUAAAAGACUGCAACCAAUGACUAUAUAUCCGGUGACAACCGAAAAAGGAUUAACCAAUUCAACAUUUGAGGCAAAUUCACCACCAGCAUUAGCGUUCCAGCCAUCAGAUGGUAUAGUAAAUCCAAGUUAUCAGAUUAACGGUGAUGAUUUUCGCAAUGAAAGAUUUUAA